CGCCACUGGAGUGCACGGGGGUGAUAAUUAGUGGUGCGCACCCCCGGUAGGGGGUGCAUGGUGGGGCCGCUAUAUAGAAGCGAACCAAGAAGUCGCCGUUAGUCAACCGCACAGUGCUAGUGUGUGAGUUAGUGACCGUUGGCAGGUGAAGAACGCGACAGCGUGCAGACAUGCGCUGCUUCUUCGCACAGAUCUUUUUUUUGUGCCUGGGAUUGUGUGCGGCUUUUCCUAGCACGAGCAGGAGCAACGGUCACGAGAUGGACGUCCCGGUUGACAGCAACAAGAUACAGAGGUUCGUCCACAGGCAGGCGACGAUGGACGAGGAGGACCGGGCGCUGAGGAGGAUGGCCCUGUCGAAUAAGAGCGUCACGUGCAACGACGGCUCGCCGGCUGGAUUUUACCUAAGAAAGUCUAAUACCAGUAAGAAAUGGAUUAUAUUUUUAGAAGGCGGAUGGUAUUGCUAUGACCACCAUAGUUGCAGAAACCGAUGGAUAAAACAGCACCACUACAUGACCUCAGUCAACUGGUCAGAAUCCAGAGACGUGGGCGGCAUCCUCUCCAACCGCAUGGAAGAAAACCCCUUCUGGUGGAACGCCAACCACAUCUUCAUCCCCUACUGCACCAGCGACUCCUGGAGCGGCUCCAAGCCCCACUCCCCCGACGAACUCUUCAGCUUCAUGGGCUCCGCCGUCGUCCGCCAAGUCGUCACAGACCUCUUGUCCUUCGGGCUCGAAAACGGCACCGACCUCUUCCUCACCGGGAGCAGCGCCGGCGGGACCGGGGUCAUGCUCAACCUGGACCCGGUCCGGGAGCUGCUGCACGACACCCACGGGCUCAAACACAUCGCCGUGAAGGGGGUGUGCGACUCGGGGUGGUUCCUGGACAGGACCCCGUACGCCCCCACGCUCAAGCCGGCGGUGGAGGCCAUCCGGAAAGGGAUGGCGUUGUGGAGGGGGCAGGUCCCGAGGAGGUGCAAGGAGAUGUACCCGGACGAGCCGUGGAGGUGCUACUUCGGGUACAGGCUGUAUCCGACGCUGCAGACCGAACUCUUUGUCUUUCAAUGGCUCUUUGAUGAGGCCCAAAUGGACGCAGAUAACGUGGGUGCUCCAGUCACAAAACAGCAGUGGGAUUACAUUCACAAAAUGGGGGACGCUCUGCGCCAGAGUUUUGAAAACGUUUCCGCCGUGUUCGCCCCCUCGUGCAUAUCUCACUCAGUCCUAACAAAACGCGACUGGCAAAACGUGAAAAUAGACGACAUAUCUAUAGCGGAAGCCCUACAUUGUUGGGAACAAAAGCUCCACAGAAGAAGACUGCGAAAGCUGCGAAACGCGCGAAUGUUCGGCGACCAGCCCAGAGCCCUGAGGAGACGAAAACAGUCCAACCGGACCGCGGAAGCGAGCAACUCGACGAUGAACCCAGACACCAGCGACGAGCAGAAGAAGAGGAAGAGGAAGCACAGGAAGAACCGGAAAUGCAAGAAAAAGAAAGAUUUGGUGCUGGAGGACGAUAGUCUCGCCAACGCGACGGAUCGCCGCCCCCAGCGGUCGCUGCCGCCCCCGAAGAAGCCCCGUCGGUGCGUGCACAGGAGACUCGAGAGGUGCUCGUGGCCGCAGUGCAACCACUCGUGUCCCCGACUGCACAACCCCUUCACGGGGGAGGAAAUGGACUUUAUCGAGUUGUUGAAGUCGUUCGGGUUGGAUAUGGAGAGUGUGGCCAAAGCUCUGGGAAUCGACAUGCAAACUUUGAACGACAUGGACCAUUCGGAGCUGCUGAAUCUGCUGACGCAGCAGUCGAGUUGAUCAUGAGGUUGAAGCCCAUUGGAAAUCCGAAUGCUUUAAUUCGAGCGACGAGUCUUUAUAAAAUGAUGUACAUAGUGGAUAUUUAUUGUAGAGAGCUAUUUUUUAUAUUUUUUUAAGGUUAGGAAGGGAGCGACGAGGGCAAAUUUGAGACGCUUUUAUUUAUUUUGUUAGAGUUCCAAAGACGUUUGCCCGUUAGUAACAAUAGGACUGAUUUUUUUUCUACCUCAGUUGUACAGUUUAGUCAUAAGUUACCUAAUUUGUACUAUA